AGUGUGCGCAAUAUAUUUCUAUUCGGGCGUGGUGGUACGCGUAACUUGAAAUGUAUAUACAAAUUCGAGGGCCAACGGGGCGAACGUAUACGUAUCAAAUUGCGUAAGGUGACUACGUUGAAUCGGCCAUGCAUGUCACGCGUAGACGAGGACAUAAAUCGUUCAUUUUGUUACGGUGACACAAAUGCGCGUAUUGAGAUCUUCGAACGACCCUACCACGAUUCGAUUUUACUGCCGCGCGGUUGCCUUUGCAAUUCGUCGAACUCUUCGCAUCUGCCUGUGGAAUACACCUCUACAAGUCGUGAUCUUGAAGUGCAUUUUACCGCCAUAAAUAUGACCACACUUGACGAUCCGGAUGCCAUAAACUUCGAAGGCAUGUUCGAAUUCAUCAAGGGACCAGCAAACUGCAAAGAUGGACGACGGAAAUUCGGUCCAAGUGGCACUAUACAGAUGACGUUCGGUGAUAUGGAAUGCCGCACACGACCCUGGUUGAUUGAACCUUCGAAUGGCAACAAAUUUCUCUAUGUGCGCCUU